AUGGUGCUUGCCAAGCCAUACGGUGAAUGGAACUUCUAUGACGACGCUAAAUCAAUAACCUCGUCAGUGGGAACCAUCGCAAUGGAUCCUGAAGUACUCGAUUCCAUAAUCCAGGGCCGCACUUCGAACGUGAGGCAGCUGCUUCACGACGGUAUGUUGCGUGAUGGGAUAACAUCUACUGGCCGCUCAGUGCUCCACUUGGCCGCUGCUCACGGGCAAUAUUCCAUCGUGUGGCUUUUACUUCAAUCUAAGUUCGAUGUGAGCCUGGAGGCCAUUGACUCAACCUGUCUCAAGUGGACGGCUCUUCAUUUCGCUUCUGCUGCAGGGCAUGCCUCUACAAUAGACCUUCUUCUGAAGGCAGGCGCGCGUCAGCCUUCGGAUGAACCGACACCACUGUUCCUUGCCGUUGAAAAGGGCCAUUGCGAAGGUGUUGAGAUAUUGCUGGCCGCCGAGCACGGACUUGACUUUGGUUCAUCCGCCCCCCCCCCGAAGCCUCUGAGUAUCGCUGUCGAAAAGGACUAUGCUGAAAUUAUGCGGAGCUUCUUGGUCGCUCCGGAAUCCCAGUCUCCACCUGCUUCCUUGAACUCUUCAAAAAAACAUUUGGUUAAUCGAAGUUCGAAGCGUUACGAAUUUUUUGAUCAGAUUGUGAGGGAUGCCACUACAUGGAAUGCGAAACUCAGUAUACAAGCUAUCUUUCAAUGGGCGUCGCGGCCAAACAUACGCGCCACACUCACGAGUACACUAUUUGGCAACUGGAGCGAUACUAUCACGGAUUGGAUCUCCAUAGCUUGCCAAAAGGAGAACACCACUCUUGCGCUUCUGCAUGCAUCUGCCCCAUUCCUGGAAAAUCCGCCUCAUCUGUCAGUACGAGCCUGGACCGCAAUCGCAAAAUUGAAAAAUGCUGGGGCUCUCAAAGAAAAGGCUCUGCUGGGGAGCGCUGAACGCAUUGAAAAUGGUCUUGAAGCAGCAGCAGAGGUGGGAGACUUGGACUUCUUCUCCCAAGUUGUCGAAAAAGCCAGUGUACUGCCUGCAAUAAUCUGGACGAGGGCCUGCUCGUGCGGGAAUCUCGACAUCUUGCUCGCCUUAUUGAAUCGGGGUGACGAGCCGCCGCCAAGAAUCCUCGAGGCAGCGGCUAAAGAAGGUCAAUACAAGGUGAUCAGCACGCUCCUUCUACAAUUCCACCGGUUUUUCUCAACACAAGAAAAGGACAAAGCCCUAUUUGCUGCAGUGCGAGCAGGGCAUCGAAAGUGUGUUCAGGCUCUGUUCAAACACCGGCUUCCAGAACCCGAGCUGGUGUCCAGAUUGCUCGUGAGUGCUGCAGAUGCUGGGUGCGUUCAGGUGGUAGACUUUUUCUUGAACGAAAGCACGGGAGAAACCCUUUCCAUCGAUGCGCUGACAGAGGCUUUGGUAGCUGCGGUGUCCAACAGCCAUGCAAGCACGGUUGACCGAUUGUUGAUCCGCCACUCACCUACCUGUGCUUUGACAUCGUAUGGCAACAAUCUUCUUCACCUUGCAGCCCUUGUUGGGAGCACAGAAAUCGCCCAGAAAUGCCUGUCUCUGGGCAUUGACGUCAAUACCAUCGGUUCUCUAGAUCAAACCGCACUUUUCAAAGCUUGUGAUAAGCACCACUGGGAGUGUGCGAAGCUCUUGCAUUCCCAUGGAGGGGUAUUGAAGAGCCGCGUGGGUUAUAACUCGGUACUGGAAAGACAACUUCGGUCGGAGUUGUCCAGGUCUGCUCAGCUGACGAGCGCGACCGCCUCCGACGACCCACGUACUCGAGGAGAUGAUUUGUUUCCCAUCUAG